GACACAUGUCGUCGGCUGUUUGUUGGUGUAAAACAAAACAAUUGGUUGAUCAAAGCAAGUUGUUUGUAUACAAAGUUGUUUUACAAAAUUUGUGGAAAAAAAUUUGAGAGAGGUUUAUUAUUUAAUUAUUAACAACACCACAGAAACAACACAAUUAAUGCCCAAGUCAAAUCCAGUUUGUAUUGUUUGUAAAAAUGUGGAGUCUCUGCUCUGGCGUACGGCCGACCAAGGGCAAAUCUGUCAAGAUUGUUUUCAAUUACGCGAAAGCAAAGAUAAAGAGCUUCUAGAAAACAAAAUUGUGGAGAUCAAUGAGGAUAAUAAAAUUAAGACAAGUAAAGAAAAAGAUAAUAAAGAAACAGCGGGCGAAAAUAAAAAUAAUGCAGUUGAGGAAAAACGAUUAAGAAAAAGCACCAGAGCCACGAGAUUUAAAGCUAAAUUAAGCAGUGCCAAUACGACAAGAGAAGCCCGCAAAGAAGCCACCUGUAUUAAGCAGCUUAUGAGUGAAAUUAAAGAGAUGGAAAAUAAAGUUUCAAAUGCCAAAUGUCGUUCUGAAAUUCGCAUUUUAGCCGUUGAAAACCGCAGUUUAAUAUUUCCACAAAACCUUGAUGAAGGGACUGUCGUUGCCAGUAAAAUAGAAUUAUACACAGCGGCCCAACAAAGUCCGCAUACAGAAGUAAACCUCACAACAAAACUGUUGAGGGUGUGUGCUUUGGGAAGACCCAUGUGUUUACUUUUUGAAUUUAUGUCGCCCGGCGAUCUUAGUGAGUUUCUACGCUCUUGUUCACCGUACGCCACCCAUCGCGAGCACGAACGUAAACCGUUAAAUGAAGCACAUCUUUUACAAAUAGCCGCACAUAUAGCGGCCGGCAUGGUUUAUUUAUCAGAACGCAAAUUUGUACAUCAUGACUUGGCUACAAGGAAUUGCCUUGUCAUUGAGCACAUGAUAGUGAAAAUUGCCGACUUUGGUUUAUCGCAUAAGAUUUACUUACAAGACUACUACAAAGGAGAUGAGAAUGAUGUUAUACCUGAGAUUUUUUCUUGCGCUCUUCAACCAUAUUGCGGGAUGAGCCAUGAAGAAGUAAUCAAAUACAUUAAGGAUGGUAAUGUCUUAAGUUAUCCGGACAAUACGCUCAUAUCGGUGUACGCUUUGAUGAGACGCUGUUGGAAUCGUAAGGCCAGCGAUAGACCAACUUUUAACGAAAUCAAUCAUUGUAUACAACAUAGCAUAGCUGAGCAUGAGUGUAAAACAGCCCUCGAGAUAG